AUGAAAUGGAUGGUCAAAUUUAUGAUUAUAAGUAUGCAACUGUAAACUGUAAAGUAAUAUACCCAAAAUUGAGGCUGUGUCUACGGACCCUAUUUUCCUUAUAUGAUUAUUUAUUCAUCUCUCAAAUUAGUGUUGUCCGAGUGAUGAGGCAAAAAAAAAAAAAAAAACUCUGGCGUGAAGAUUAUACUGCUCCAAUUACCAAAUUUUGAUUUAUUCUUCAGCUCUCAAAUUAGGGCCUAAUUAGCUUAUGUUUAGGGGAAGCUAUCAUAAAUUACCAGAAAUAGGAAGGGAGAAGUCUGAAAUUGUCAAACUUCACCACAAAACUUGCUUGAUAAAUAAUGAUAAUGACAGUGAUGAUGAUAAUAAUGAUGAUCAAUAACCAUUUACCACAAGUAAAGCUUUGAGGAAACUUUAGAGGGGAAGAGAAAAAAAACAACUCUCAGAAAACAGAAUCUUAUAUAUCUGUAAUUAGUGAUUAGAUCAAGUUAAUGGCAGCAAUAAUGCAGGUAGAAGGAGGAGCCAACAGAGUUCAACAAAACAAGCAGCAGACAGCUGCUAAUCAUCAGUUCCCUGUCCCUCUUGUUUCCAGAUUGGAUCACUUGGAUUCCCUUAUGAAGUACUUGGAAGGGAAACAAAACUCCCAAAAGGGAGGAGGAGGAGAGGCAGCAAAGCAGCAAACUGCAGCAAUGUUGGAAGUGGCAAUGAGGGAGGCUUACUUCAAGGGCUCUUUGAUGGAUCGUGUCGCUUCUCUCGAACACCGGCUUUUCCAGUUAUGUCUAGAGAUGGAGUCAACCAACACCUCUGCUAGUUCGUCUCAAACAUCAGGAGGAGGCAGCACCUCCACCUCCUCUACCACCACCGCGGCAGGGUCCAGAAGCCAGACGCCGUCCUCGUCUUUCCCAACAACAUUCAGCCUUUCCAAUCCGCGCCACCCUCUUCUUCAUCACCACCAAGCUCGAUCUCAUCUUCAGCAGGUAGAGGAGGAGAGAGAGGAAGAAGGGGAGACAAAGGGCAAGGAUUCAAAGAAAGGCAGCAGCAGCAAAAACAACAGUAAAACCAGAAAGGAAGAGAAGAACUGCAGAUCAAAUGGGAACACUAGCAGCAACAAAAAGCAGAUCAAAUGGCCACAGAUCAGACCUCUUAAGCUUCUAGGAUGCUAAGAAUCAAGUUUCCUUACCGACCGCUCCUCCACCUUGUUCUUUUCUUGUUUCAAUAUGUAUGGAAUCGUACUUGAGAUUGAAGCAGUGACACUAGCGAUUCCGGAUCUAAAAAAGGAUUGCGCCAAUCAUGGUUGAACCUGUACCAACAAAUUGCUACAAUUUCACAAACACUAUUGCUUUAUCUUGUUGUUCUUCUCUCUUCCUCUUUAGGAUAGUUCAUGUCAUACAUAGAAUGAAUACUAAAUUUGACA